AUGCGCCCCCUCCGCGCUGUGCUGGGACUGCUGCUCCUGGGGGUGCUGGGAGCCUUCCCGCAGGAUCGAGUUCUGAGGGACGUCUAUGCUGGAGACCCUGGCCACCAUCACAAAACUGCCGGGCUGCCGUGCCCCCAGGGGUCACCUGACUGCAGGAAGCAGUGUGAGCCCGACUACUACCUGAACAGGGACGGCCGCUGCACGGCCUGUGUGAGCUGUGCUCGAGACGAUCUUGUGGAGAAGAUGCCGUGCUCAGGGAACUCCUCCCGCGUCUGUGAGUGCCGCACUGGCACGUUCUGUGCCACAUCAGCCACCAACUCCUGUGCCCGCUGCAUCCCCCACACCGUCUGCCCGAAAGGGAUGAUUGUCAAGGUCCAGGGCACAGCACAGAUGGAUACCGUGUGUGAGCAGCCUUCCCCGGUGACCAGCCCUGACCUCGGCACGGGCCCAGAAGACUGCCAGGCGCCCACCAGCGACACCAGCGCCCAGGCCGGGCCCCUGGUGACCUCCUCAGUGAGCUCCGGUGCCAGGACCACGCUCCUUGGAGGGGGCACUGCCAUCACCCCCGAAGAUGAUUCCAAAAUGACGGGGGCCCCCGGCUCUCCCUCCUCUGUGAGGAAGCCCAGUCCAGAUCCAGGGCUGACCCCGCAGCCGCCGUGUCCCCAGGGGUCACCUGACUGUAGGAAGCAGUGUGAGCCCGACUACUACCUGGACAGGGACGGCCACUGCACGGCCUGUGUGAGCUGUGCUCGAGAUGACCUGGUGGAGAAGACACCCUGUACCUGGAACUCCUCUCGUGUCUGCGAAUGUCAACCUGGCAUGUUCUGUGUCACACCAGUCACCAACUCCUGUGCCCACUGUGUCACCCGCCCCAUCUGCCCACCAGGCAUGGCCACCAAACCCCAGGGUACAGCUGAGAGGGAUGCCACCCAUGAGCCGCCGCCUCCCCUAGAAGCCCACCCCGAGUGCAGCACCAACCCAGAGGACAGCAAGGCGCCCACCAGCGCCACGGCCUCUCCGGUCUCCGCAGCAGACCCCCAAGGCAGUAAGGAGCAUGGAGGGGGCAACACCCACACGUGGGGAGACACCUUCACAUCGACGAGCUCCCCUAUCUCUUUCUCCUCCACGGGAAAGCCCAUUCUGGUUUCAGGACCUGUGCUCUUCUGGAUGGUCAUGAUCCUGGUGGUGGUCUUGGUCUCCAUCUCCUUCCUCCUGUGCCACUGGAGGGCCUGCAGGAAGUGGAUUCAGCAGAAGCUCCACCUGUGCUACCCUGCCCAGACCUUCCGGCCCACGCUGGAGCCUGUGGAUUCCAGGCCCAGGAGGAACCUGACCCAGUUGAGGAGUUGCAUAUCGGUGGCCAAGCCGGGCACAGAGGAGCUGGGAUUAAUGGGCCCCCCGGCCGUGGAGACCUGCCCCAACGGGGAAGCCUGCCUGCAGAGCAUGCGGCUGCUGGAUGCCAGCCCGGCCGGGAGCCCCCCGUCCCCCAGGGACCUUCCCGAGCCCCGGGUGACCUCAGAGCAUACCAACAACAGGAUCGAGAAAAUCUACAUCAUGAAGGCUGACACAGUGAUUGUGGGGACCGUGAGGACCGAGGUGCCUGAGGGCCGGGGCCUGGCGGGGCCGACGGGGCCUGAAUUGGAGGAGGAUCUGGAAGGGGACCACGCAUACCCCCACUUCCCGGAGCAGGAGACAGAGCCGCCUCUGGGCAGCUGCGGGGACGUCAUGUUCUCAGUAGAAGAGGAAGGAAAGGAGGCCCCCUUGCCCAUGACUGUCUCUGAGAAAUGA